AUGAGUAAAAGAAGCAACAUGAUUGAUAACCCAAGUGGUAAGCUCCUUGAAAGAGCUAGAAGGCUUGUAAGUUCCCAUAUUCAUAAACCUUCAUGACAGUGAUUUCUCUUAAAUCGAAGGAAUGGAAACUCUUUGAAUCUCUGCGCAAUUAACCAAAUAUUAAACCCGAGUGUAGAAGAGACAAAAGAAGUAAAAUUACAAGACCAUACCACAAAGGAGCAGGAACAUGAACUGGCUAAAUCCUCCACUCUUGAUGAGGUCUCUAAGAAACUCGAGAAUCUUGCUAAAGAUCUAGCUAAAGCGGAAUGUGAUCUUUUUAAUGCCCAAAAAUGCUUGAAGGAAAUGGAAAAAUCCCGUGAGGAAGCCCAAAAAUUAAAGAAGCAAGCUGAAAACUGCCUGGUAAAUUUAUCAACAUCUCUAGAUUUGGCCUGUAGAGACUAUGACGUUGCUUCACCCCUUGUACAACACACCACAGCAGAGGUAGAGAGGAUAAGACAAGAGAUUCUUAAGUGUCAACAAAAAUAUGAUAAAUUAUCUGAACUUGAAGCUUACGAAGAGAGCAAAACAAAAGAUAAUAAAUCCUCAGAAAUGGCCCAAAGAAGAUCUAAAUCCCCAAAAGACGAGGAUGAAAACAAUAAUGUAGUAAUUGAACACUUAAAGGCUGAAAAUAAACGCUUAAAGGCUGAAAAUAAACGCUUGAAGGCUGAAAAUAAACUCUUAAAGGCUGAAAAUGAACGCUUAAAGGCAGUCAUUAAAGAACUAGGUAGAGAGCUCGCAAAAAUAAAAGCGAGGUUCAUGAAAUUAGAGCUCGAGAAAUCAGAAGAAGAUGGCAGAGAACUACAAAAAGUUUUUGCAAAAUCAAAAUCCCCUUAGAAGAGAACUUUACUAUAUAUGCAAACUUUAAUAUCGGAGUAAAUUUUAUAACAUGUUUCAAUUUUCACCUCAUAAAUCC